UCCAACCGAGCAAGCUCGAGCCUGUAAGUAAAGAUUUUCCAUCCUCUCUUCUUACCGCUCUGACGUCUACCAUCGCUCCGGACUCCGUCCGGCCAAAUCGGGUCGGAAAAUAUCCGCCCAAUUUCUUUUUCGUCUAGCUUCUAUAAAUACCCCUCCAUACGACAAAUACCAAUCCCAAACUCUCUCUCUCUCUCGCUGUAUUCCAAAAUGGCUUUUCCGUACAUGGAAGCGGUUAUAGGCUUUAUGGUCUUGAUGUACAUCUUUGAGACAUAUCUGGAUAUACGGCAACAUGCAUCUCUAAAGCUGCCAAUUCUUCCUAAACCUUUGGUUGGAGUGGUCAGUCAAGACAAAUUUGAGAAGUCUCGAGCAUAUAGUCUUGAUAAAAGCAACUUCCACUUUAUUCAUGGGGCUGUAACCAUACUAAUGGAUACCACAAUUUUGUUCUUUGGUGUGCUGCCAUGGUUUUGGAAGAGAUCUGGAGACUUUCUGGUGCACAUGGGCCUUAAUUCAGAGAAUGAAAUACUUCACACCCUUGCAUUCUUAGGAGGUGUUAUGAUUUGGUCACAGAUCACUGACUUGCCAUUUUCACUGUACUCAACUUUUGUGAUUGAGUCCCGCCAUGGUUUCAAUAAACAAACAAUAUGGUUGUUCUUUAGGGACAUGUUCAAGAGCAUUUGCCUUUCCAUCUUACUCGGACCUCCAAUUGUGGCUGCAAUCAUUGUAAUAGUACAGAAAGGAGGACCUUACUUGGCUAUUUACCUUUGGGGCUUUAUGUUUGUUCUGUCGAUUGUGAUGAUGACGCUAUAUCCUAUCCUAAUAGCUCCACUCUUCAAUAAGUUCACCCCUCUUCCUGAAGGAGGACUUAGAGAGAGAAUUGAGAACCUAGCCUCCUCCCUCAAGUUUCCUUUGAAGAAGCUUUUUGUUGUUGAUGGGUCUACAAGGUCAAGCCAUAGUAAUGCAUACAUGUAUGGGUUUUUCAACAACAAGCGCAUUGUUCUUUAUGACACAUUGAUCCAACAGUGCAAAAAUGAGGAGGAAGUUGUUGCUGUUCUUGCCCACGAACUUGGGCAUUGGAAACUCAAUCAUACAAUGUAUUCCUUCAUCGCGGUGCAGAUUCUCACGUUUCUGCAAUUUGGAGGAUAUACUCUUGUGAGGAACUCAAAGGAUCUGUUUCUAAGUUUUGGGUUUGAUACACAACCAGUCCUCAUCGGGCUCAUAAUUUUUCAGCACACUGUUAUACCUCUUCAGCACCUUGUAAGCUUUGGUCUUAACCUUGUAAGCCGAGCUUUCGAAUUUCAGGCUGAUGCUUUUGCAAAGAAGCUUGGCUAUGCCUCGCCACUUCGAGCAGGCUUAGUGAAAUUGCAGGAGGAAAAUCUGUCAGCAAUGAAUACGGACCCAUGGUACUCAGCUUACCAUUAUUCUCAUCCCCCACUAGUUGAGAGGCUGGCGGCACUUGAUGAUUCUGACAAGAAAAGGGACUGAAACACACCUUGGCAAGUGGAUAUAAAUUGGGAUGAUGCCUGCAUUUCAUCAUCUAUUGUCUUAGAGCAAAGGGAGUUGCGAGACUUGCAUGAAAUCGAUGAUAUUUUUACCCCCUUGGGUGAAACUUGCAUUCAUUCCAUAACUUCAGUUGGGUCCCUAGUAAUACCUCAAUCACACUCCAAAGAAAGGGGAAAAACACACUCAGAUGUGUAGCAACUUAUAUUUUGAAUAUGUCAGCAGCCUGUGAAGUCUUUGAAGCUCAGUUUUUCUUCUUAGUUUCUUUUUUACUUCUUUUCUUCCUAGGCCAAUACCAUUUUGUAAGACAGUUUUAUGAAGUUGUACUUGAUCGCCAUUUCCUCUCCCUUCCAUCUAGAACUUGGUAGUCUUUUCAGUUCA